CGCGGCUGGUUUUUCCCCUCCCGCCUCCGCCUCCGCGCAUCACACCACGCUCGCUCGCGCGCCGCCCAUGGCCACCACCGCCGCCGCGGCGCUCGCGAGCUCCCCCAUCGUCCACCUCACGGCCUCCCGGCUCCGCCUCCCCAGGCCCGCCACCUCCAGGGCGCCCCCCGCCUCCACGUGCCGCUCGAGAGGGGGCGCCUGCUUGGUGGAGUGGAGGCCGAGGGCCCUGCUGAGGCGGCGGUGGUGCGAGGACCGGCUGCGGUGCUUCUCCAUCGACGGGGGAGGGGGUGGCGGCGGUGGAGGAGGAGGGGAGGACGGGGACAAGCGGGGCGAGGAGGAGACGUCGCCGGCGGCGGCGGCGGAGGCGAAGGUUGGGGCGGCGGAGGAGCUGAGAUCCGAGCGGACCCGCUCCGGUAGCUUCUCUUCGUCCUCGUCGUCAGGGACACCUGGUGUAUCGAACGAGCCGCCAUUUUUGAGCUUCAGUGUUGAUAACAUUGACACAGUUAAGUUAUUGGAACUCCUAGGACCUGAAAAAGUUGAUUCAGCUGACGUCAAGGCUAUUAAGGAAAAACUUUUUGGCUACACAACAUUUUGGUUGACAAGAGAAGAACCCUUUGGUGAUCUUGGAGAAGGGGUCCUUUUUAUUGGGAACCUCCGAGGGAAGAGAGAAGAAAUAUUUGCAAAACUUCAGCAGCAGUUACAUGAACUCACAGGUGACAAAUACAAUCUUUUUAUGGUGGAGGAGCCCAAUUCAGAAGGGGACGACCCACGUGGAGGACCACGUGUUAGUUUUGGUUUGCUCAGAAGAGAAGUUUCAGAACCUGGACCUACUACAUUGUGGCAAUAUGUCAUUUCACUGUUACUUUUCCUUCUGACUGUGUUCUCCUGUGUCGAGCUAGGAAUUGCAUCAAAGAUUAGCAGUCUUCCACCAGAGAUUGUUACAUAUUUCACUGAUCCAAAUGCUACUGGACCCCCACCUGACAUGCAACUUUUACUUCCAUUCGUGGAAUCAGCAUUGCCAGUGGCUUAUGGUGUCUUGGCUAUCCAACUAUUUCAUGAAGUUGGACACUUUUUGGCAGCAUUUCCAAAGAAGGUUAAACUAAGCAUUCCUUUCUUCAUUCCAAACUUCACUCUAGGGACAUUUGGUGCAAUUACUCAGUUCAAAUCCAUUCUGCCGGAUCGGAAGACGAUGUUUGACAUAUCAAUGGCUGGUCCUCUUGCUGGAGCUGCACUUUCUUUUUCAAUGUUCUUUGUGGGCUUGUUGCUCUCCUCAAAUCCUGCUGGGGCAAGUGAUUUAGUUGAAGUACCUAGCAAGCUAUUCCAGGGCUCCUUGUUGCUGGGACUUGUUAGCAGAGCAACACUUGGAUACAGAGCUAUGCAUGCUGCUACAGUUGCUAUCCACCCUCUUGUAAUCGCAGGCUGGUGUGGUUUAACAACUUCUGCCUUUAAUAUGCUUCCUGUUGGAUGUCUUGAUGGCGGAAGAGCUUUACAGGGUGCUUUUGGCAAGGAUGCGCUGUUUGGAUUUGGCUUGACAACAUACUCAUUGCUUGGACUUGGGGUGCUAGGGGGGCCAUUAUCUCUUCCUUGGGGCUUAUACGUGCUAAUAUGUCAGAGAACACCUGAAAAACCAUGCUUGAAUGAUGUAAGCGAUGUCGGAACGGGGAGAAGGGCCGCAUUGAUAGCUUCGGUAUUCCUUGUUGUAUUGACUCUCAUUCCACUGUGGGAUGAACUUGCCGAGGAACUAGGUGGGUACUCGCUGGCGAAGGGGAUGGGCGUCGGGAAGCACAUCGCCAGCGAGACCUUCACGGUGGGAGGGUACCAGUGGGCGAUCUACUUCUACCCCGACGGGAAGAACCCCGAGGACAACUCCGCCUACGUCUCCGUCUUCAUCGCGCUCGCCUCCGAGGGCACCGACGUCCGCGCCCUCUUCGAGCUCACCCUCCUCGACCAGAGCGGCAAGGCCAAGCACAAGGUGCACUCCCACUUCGACCGCUCCCUCGAGUCCGGCCCCUACACCCUCAAGUACCGCGGCUCCAUGUGGGGUUAUAAAAGGUUCUUUCGGCGGACUGCUCUUGAGACAUCAGAUUUUCUUAAAGACGAUUGCUUAAAGAUAAAUUGUACUGUGGGUGUUGUGGUAUCUACUAUGGAUUACUCAAAGCCACAUUCAAUUCAUGUGCCAGAGUCUGACAUAGGCUACCAUUUUGGGACACUUUUAGACAGUCAGGAGGGUGUGGAUGUUAUAUGUGAUGUAGCAGGAGAGAAGUUUCAUGCCCAUAAGUUGGUCUUGGCUGCCAGGUCUUCUUUUUUCAGAUCCCAAUUUUUUGAAAAUGAAUCAGAUGAAGAGAAGAAUGAGGUCGAUACUAGUAAUGAAAUCAAAGAGAUUGUCAUUGAUGACAUGGAGCCCAAAGUGUUCAAGGCUGUGCUUCAUUUUAUGUACAGGGACAAUCUUGUUGAUGAUGACGAGUUGUCUGCAUCAAGCUCAGACUGCUCCGUCUUUGAUACUUUAGCUGGGAAAUUAUUGGCUGCAGCUGAUAAAUAUGAAUUGCCAAGGCUAAGAUUGUUAUGUGAAUCUUACUUGUGCAAGCAUAUUUCUGUAAACUCUGUGGCAACUACACUAGCAUUGGCUGACCGGCAUCAUGCUAUGGAGCUUGAAUCUGUUUGCCUAAAAUUUGCUGCUGAGAAUCUUUCAGCUGUAAUCCGGACCGACGGAUUUGAUUACCUGAAAGAUAACUGCCCCUCGUUGCAAUCGGAGAUAUUGAGGACAGUUGCCGGGUGUGAGGAGGAAUGCAGCAGCGGCGGGAAGAGCCAGAGCGUGUGGGGGCAGCUCUCAGACGGUGGUGAUACCAGCGGACGCAGGGUAAGGCCAAGGGUCUGAGACCCAGCCACCGCCAGGACUGUCUGGCAUGUUUUAAGUGUAACUGUGUAAGCGAAUUGCUGCUGUAUAAAUGGGACAGCUAAUUGUUUUGUGGCGGCACUUGAAAUAAUAGCACCUGUCUGUUAUAUUACCUUGCUUUAUUUACUAGGGCCCUGCUCAUGACCGCUCACUGGAUCAGUUUUACUGAGCUGGAGCCUUGUACGUGCCCGUUCACUGGAUCAGUUUACCGAGCUGGAGGGCAGACUUUACAUUCAUUCAAAGUUUCAAGAGCUAGUUUGGGCUGUAGCUCCACAUGCUAUAUGGAGGAUUCUGGAUGGCGGCACCGGCAUUGAUGUUAGGGCUUAUGCUUUCUCUCCCCUGGAUAGUGAUUUGUGAUUGAUUUGUAGCCAGUAAUCGCGUUUAUUUUUAGUUUAGUUUUGAUUUGCAUUCUUGUAUAAUUAG